GCAAGGAGACGAUGAGAUUUGAAUUAGGUUAAAUGUAAAAUUUCCACAAGACCAUUUAUGUAUUCACUAAAGCUCAUUAAUCAUUAAAAUUUUAUAUUUGAGUAAUAUUGUUUGAGAUUUAAUAUCAUAAAUUAAAUUUAAAUCUACUUAACUUUAAAAUAAUUUUAAAUAAAUUUAUGCACGUUUACAUAAUUUUAAAUCUAAAAUUUCAGUUUCACAUUUUGGAACACGAUAUUAAUUUCCACAAACCCUUCAAUACUCAUAUAUAUAUUAAUAAUACAUGAAAAAUUUUUGGAUAAUCCUAAACUACCAACUCAAUAUGUCAAGCGAUGAUCUUGUUCUACUCAUGCUAACAUAUGUACUUUGAAUCAUAUGAUAAUUGACAUCUUUCAUUUUUCUACUUACAUCUAAUUAGAGAUAUAAAAUUUAAGAUAUACGUGAUAAUAUUUGAGUAAAAUAAAAUUAUUGACGCUUCGAAUUGUUUCUUCAAAACUUUUCGAUAAUGAUAAGUAAAGGAAGCAUACAAUUAUCCCCAACCCAUCUUAUGGGAAGUGUAGAAUAAUUUCUUUUGUUUCUUGAACCCCCAAAAAAGUGGGUUUUUUUUUUUUAGUUUUUUUUUCUUUCAUUUUCUUUACAUAGGCCUUCGUUUUUCUCCAAAUAAAAGGAUUUUUGAGGCAAAAUCAGAGAGAGAGAGAAUUGUAUGUUAAAAAAUAGUGAGGGGGUGAAUCUGCGGAGCGAGUCCAUUCAAUUCCACAUUCCUUCCAUCGGCCGAUGGCGUCCGGUCAGAGGGUUCUUAGGGUUACGGCCAACUCAGUGAAUCUGCAGGAAGCCAGGGGCCGGACCUUCGACCUCUUCAAGUCAGCCUGCAGAUCCAUUCCCAGCAUUAUGGAAAUCUACAAUCUUUAUGAUGUCGUCACUCCCUCUCAGCUCCGCACCAGCAUCGCCUCCCAGAUCCGCAAGAACGCUCACGUCACCGACCCUAAGGUAAUUGACAUGCUUCUAUUUAAAGGGAUGGAAGAGCUGGAUAACGUUGUGCAGCACUCAAAGCAGCGGCACCACAUUAUUGGGCAAUACGUGGUGGGUCAACAAGGGCUUGUGCAGGACUUGAGCACCAAAGAUCCAGCUCUUUCUGACUUCCUCAAGAAUUUCUACAACAGCAAUUACUUUUGAAAUCCUUGUUUUGAGGAUCUGCCCCACCUGUGAUUUUGUAUUUGGCUGUAGAUUCCCCAAAUAAAGAUGGUCUUGGAGCUGUUGUAAUCUAAUGUUGGAUAAUGAUUGUGGACUUACGCAUUUCUACAAGUCAGUGUGCAAAGAAGCAGGAUGCCUGCUAGUUGCUUC